GAGAAAGGUGAAAAAAGAAUCGAGUGAAUCGAGUUUAUGAUCGAAACCUCUUUGAUCGAGACACAAUCGAGAACAUUAAACAGAACAAUAACAUAACACAUAACCUCAAUUUAAUUAAUUUUUCAAACAAGUAUAGUGUACAGUACAUAAUAUUUUGCUUUAUGGUUUCUUGUUAAUUGCCAUGGUUAAUUGACAUCUGGUUUCAGCAUUAUCGCUAGUACCGUACCUAUUUAUUUACCAAAGAAAUGGAACAACUUCCCAAUGAAAUUUUAAUACGAAUAUUGCGCUUUCUGAAUAUCUAUGAUUUAUUACAAUUUUGUGAAGUGUUCAAAGACCUAGAUUAUUUUUUAAGAGAUAAAGAUGUAAUAAGCUAUACAGAUUGGUCAAAAAGAUUCGAAAUUCAUAAUAUGAAUUUGUGCAAAUUUAUAUCUAUGAAAAUGAAUCCAAAUUGCAUUAAAAUUUUGAAAAUAAAUGGAAUUUAUUGGAUACCGGCACACGAUUUAAGAAAACUUCUUACAAAACUUCCUGCACUAGAAGAACUGCACGCAGUAGAUACGAAAUUAGGAUUUAGGAGCAAAGAUGUUGUAGAAUAUUUUAAACUGAAAAAAUUAGCAGUUUCCGUAGAAGAUGACCAUUUCGAGUAUGAAACAGUAAUGGCAAGUGAAAAUUUAAAGUUGCUUAAACAUUUAUACUUAAAAAUAUUGCUCAAAAAAGAAGAUCAUCGAGAAAUUGCGACAGGUUUAAGAUUAUUUUUCUGUAAGCUUAAACAUCUUGUUGAACUAUGGAUACAAGAUGACCAUGAAUCUUUAUAUAGAAUAAAUUAUGAAAGAUUAGUUGUGCAGUUGAAAAAUCUUCAGAAAUUUGUUCUAAGAUCAAAAAGUGUUUUACCUAUGUAUGAUUUUAGUUUUGUGGGACUCACAAAAACCUUUGAAUGCAGACGAUGUAACACUGAAGGAGAGCUAAUAUUUGAAAGAAUAUUAAAUAGAAAAUCUAGUACUAAAAAGUCUAUUUUCGAACCCAAAGAAAGUGAUAUUGAAAAAGCUUGGGAUGUUUUCGAAAGUUUGCAUGCUGACUUACCAUGUGGCCCAAAAGAAUAUAAGCUUUUGAGCAUAAGAGAAGAAUUGGAAAAUAUACAUUUUGAAGAGUUACAUUUUUGCCAUACUGUGAUAUUAUGUAAUUCAAAAUAUGUGGAUGCUGCACUUCAAAUUUUAAAGACAAACAAUUGUAGGAGCUUGAAGAAGUUAAAUUUUAGAUCAUGUUUAUUCCAAGAUUUUUUUCGAACUCAGAAGCGAGAAGGUGAUAUCCUCAUAUUUAAGAAACCAAGAAUUGGUGUUAAAACAGAUAUUUUGAGUCAUCCAUUCCACAAAGUUGCUACAAAUUUAAAAAAUCUGGUUGAAUUGGAGAUCUAUAAUUGCCCAGGGUGCAAUAGUGGAGCCGUUAUUUCAGCAUAUCAUUUGAUUGCAAACUUUAAAAAAUUAGAAAAACUUAAUCUUGAGAUACCACUUCUGUUGGAUGGCUCAUUUUUGGAACAGCUAUUCAAAAAUUGCUUAAAGUUGGAAAAUUUAAAUUUAACCAUAACUUCUACCAAUGAAACAUUUCUUAAAAAUUUAUAUGAGAAGCUACCUAAUGCAGCUGCUUUAAAACAUUUUCGGCUGGUGUGUCCUCGAGUUAACAUAGAGAAGCUGUUCCUUGGGCUAAACCAAAUAGUGGAAAGAAGAUUGCUCCGAAUUUUUAUAAAAUGUGAUAGCAUCAAUUAUUCAACUACCAGCAACGAACGAGAAUUAUUUUCUUCAUUUUUAGAAACACAUCCACAACUCGUUUUUUUCGUUUUACUUAUAAAUCAAGCUACUGCUAAACAAGUUUCAGAUAUUAAUAAAAUUAUUUACGAAUACAAAAAGAGAAACACUGCUAAAAUUUUUUAUUGUAAAAAAGAAAUUGAUCCGCUGACUGGUGUGUUUCCUAUUCCCUCUGCCCAUCGUGAUAUUAUUUUUAACCGUACUGAGGUUGGUGUGAUUGAUUUUGAUAAAUUUUAGUUAGAUAAUUUUUGAUAGAUGUGUUGUUAUAUAUUCCAAGUAUGUAAAUCUUAGGUUAAGCUUAGAGAAGUUUCAACAUUAUUUUAGUUCAAUAAAAAUGUUUUAUUUA